AUGCCAGAGGAAGGUAGGAUAAAUGACACAUCUUUUUUUGUUUGUAUUAGUUGUGUGCAUUUGAUAUUUGUAAUCGACCACCGUACUAAUGCGAAAUUAUCGAUACAACCAGGAAAAUAUUACCUUGUUAAUGCGGGGUACAAGAACCAAAAAGGGUUUUUGGCGCCGUUUAAGGGAUGCCGCUACCACCAGGAACAGUUUCGCGCAACUGGAUGGCCAAUUAAUGCAAACGAAAUUUUCAACACGGUGCACUCCUCCUUACGCAGUGCAAUUGAACGUACGUUCGGCGUAUGGAAAGCGCGAUGGGGAUUCUUACAUAACAUGCCGCGAUAUGAUUUCGGGAAAGUGCAGGUGCCAUUAGUUGGGACUUCAAUGGCAAUACAUAAUUUUAUACGCUGCAACUCGAGCGACGAUGAAUCAUUCAACAAGGUUACGAAUGCAGAGAAUUUUACAUUCAACGACAUGCCAAAUGUUGACGGUCUUGGUGAUGAUGAUGAUGGUGAACCAGAGGGCGACGAUGACGUACAUAUGAACGAAGUGAGGAAAUCAAUACGGAAUGAAUUAGUGCGACAUCGGCGUCAACUUGGGUUGUAA